CUCAUACUAAUGUUAUAUUCGAGUCGAGGGCUUAUUCAACCCGAGCAGAGGAAGCUUUUGUGGGAGACUAGAGUACGCUAUUCAGUUUGCCAAACACAUCCGCAGACCCGAAAGAGUUCUGUUAAGACGUUAGGUUUUCUGUAACACAGUUUUCGAACCAUCAACGACGACGAUGACGUUGCAGAGACUAUCUUCCAAGCUUCGAUCUCUGGCGCUAAGCUCGGCCCAAACAUUUCCUUACACUACUUCUUGUCGUCGUCUGCUCCACUCUUCCCCAAAGCUUCUUCAACCUCUCCAUUAUUCCGCUUCCAAUUCAUUGAGCUUUAAGCCCCUUUUUGGCGCUUCUCCACCAAUGCAUCAUUCUCUGGGUGUUAACUCCAUUAUUUCUUCUCGAUUCCCUCUCUCGAUGAUCCAGGUGCGGCACGUCGUUUCGAGGAGGGAUAGACGGAAGAAGAGGAAACCGAUGACACCAAUCACUUCCAAGCUCAAGAAAAUCAAAAUGAAACCAUUCUCGUCUUACAAGUCCAGGUUUAGGACAAUGAAUGAUGGGAAUAUCCGGCGGUGGAGGGAGGGAAAACGACACAAUGCGCAUUUGAAGUCAAAGAAAUCAAAACGCAGGCUCAGGCUCCCUGCUAUUGUCCCUGCAGCUUAUGCCAAAGUAAUGAAGAAGCUUAACUUCAGUGGUUAAGAAAAGAAACAUUGGAGUCUUAUGCAGGUGCUUUACAAAUUUUUGGAACAACGAGAGGUUACAUUGCUGGUGCCUCGUGCCUUUGUACUCUCUUUUCAUUGUUUACUUUUCUGAGCCUAGAUUAAGAAGCGGGGUCUAGAGUCGUUUUGUAGUUGGUUACUUACCAAAAGUGAUAAUCUUGGUUGACAUUCCAAUCAAAUUAUUUCAUUGAGGAUUUCUUCCCUUAACAAGUAAUAAUUUCCUAGUUAUUUAUCUCAA